GUGUCUGUGCAGUAUGCACAAUCAUUUUUAUCAUUUUAUUUGAUUGCUAAUCUUUAUCUGACAUUUCAAACUGCAUGUUUGCGCGUGCAAAGAGCGGUUCUGAUUUUAAAUGGUUAUUUCAUCCAUCCAUUGUGUUUUUGAGGGUGUGUUGAGCUGAAGAAUGUGGAAAAGUGGAAGAAAGGCAUGAAAAUGCGCCGGGAUACUCUCGCAGCAUUUUAAUAGGUUGCAGCUCGCGAGCCGACAAGUACAGACAUCAUUCCUCCGCUAGACAAGCGCGUGGACAGACUGCCUUUCCUCUUUAGUUCGCUUUCGCUUUUAUUUUUUUCAACAAACACCUGCAUUUUAUUCCGCACAUUCAAAAAAGGACAAUGUCCUUUUCUCUUGUUUUGAAAUCUAAGCGUGUGCGUCGGAGAUUUUUGUUCCAGUCUUGAUUAUUUUCUCGGUUACUGGAGGUGUUAUUGCAAUUGAAGUGUGUCAUCAUUUGCUCUGAACAAGAGCAGGAACAUGCUCGGGGAUUCAAGCGAGAGAUAAGGAGGCUUUUCCAGUAGACUAGACAAAUAUUGGACAUUUUCAAGCGUUUUAUUGUGAUACAUACACAUAUCGCGCUUUUUUUUUUUUUUUUUUUUUUUUCUGCGUCUGCUUCGUAUAAGGUUGUACUAUGGACUACAAGCUCUGACGUCUGCAUCAGAUUUUACUGCUGCAUUUCUUUACAUGUGCAUCUUUUCUCCCCUGUGACUUUGAGAGGAACAUCUCAACCAUCAGCAGUAGGGGAUGCAGAUUUCAUUUUUUUCUCCCACCUCCAACCUUUACAGCUGAGGGGGGAAAUAAAUAAAAAUAUCACAUACUGUGGAGCACCCCCUCUUUGAAGGAGCAUCACUGGAGCCAUGGCUUGUCCACAGCUUUGGACCUGGAAACUGCGACGACAGGUGUAGAAGGAGACUGAUACUCUUCUUUUUUUUCUUUUUUUUUUCUUUUCUUUUCUUUUUUUUCAUCAUCAUAUCUUUAUUUAUUUAUUUAUUUUUCUCCAUGGUUUGGUUGAAGAAGACUUUUCAGCACUUUUUCCAGAAGUCCUGUCGAAGCUGAGAGAUGUCUGAUCUUCUGGUGUUGAUCGAGGGGGUCUCUGACCUGCACGGAUUUCCAUAGCUGAAGAAAAACAGCUGGGACCAAUUAAAUAUUUUUUUCUGUGUCUUUUCCCCCUUUUUUAUUUUUGUAUUUAUUUAUUUAUUUAUUUUGGUUUUCUUUUCUUGAUUCUUUUCUCUUUUUUUCCCGCGGGCCAUCACAAAUGUGGGCAUUGAUGCUUUGAUCUCAAUCAUUCAUUUGGCCUUUUUUUCUCCCAUCCCCUUCUGUUGGAUUUUUACAUUUUUUUUUUUUUUUUUAUUGUUUUCUUUCUUUCUUUUUUUCUUUCUUUUUUUGACAUCAGUUUGGAGCACGGGCGGUUGGAUUACUGAAACUGAAUAAACGGAUUUGUGGAAAUGUUGGGUCAUCAAGAAGACAAAUUAUGUGGAAUUGUUUCUGCUCUGGCGGCCUUGUCCUUUGUCUGCUUUGCACAAAGCACCUCCACCGGACAUACCGGAAUAUCUGUGGCCAAGACGACAGUGGACAAAUUGCUGAAGGGGUAUGACAUCCGCCUUCGGCCAGACUUCGGAGGUCCUCCAGUCAUUGUGGGAAUGAGUAUAAAUAUUGCCAGUAUUGACUCCAUCUCAGAAGUCAACAUGGACUACACCAUCACCAUGUAUUUCCAACAGAGCUGGAGGGACAAACGGUUGGCCUAUGCUGAGAUGGCCUUGAACCUCACUUUGGACAACCGUGUGGCUGAUCAUUUAUGGCUCCCAGACACCUACUUCCUGAAUGACAAGAAGUCUUUCCUGCAUGGUGUGACGGUGAAGAACCGAAUGAUUCGGCUCCACCCAGAUGGCACAGUUCUUUAUGGACUGAGAAUAACCACUACAGCAGCCUGCAUGAUGGACCUGAGACGGUACCCCCUCGAUGAACAGAACUGCACCCUGGAGAUUGAGAGUUAUGGAUAUACUACAGAUGAUAUUGUGUUCUUCUGGCAAGGAGGGGACAAUGCUGUGACAGGUGUGGACAAACUGGAAUUGCCUCAGUUCUCCAUUGUGGAACUACGUCUUGUAUCCAGAGAAGUGAGGUUUACUACAGGUUCAUACCCUCGGCUGUCAUUGAGUUUCCGCAUCAAGAGAAACAUCGGCUACUUUAUCCUGCAGACUUACAUGCCCUCCAUCCUGAUCACAAUCUUGUCCUGGGUCUCCUUCUGGAUUAACUAUGAUGCCUCUGCUGCUCGUGUAGCCCUGGGUGUAACUACGGUGCUCACUAUGACAACCAUCAACACCCACCUGAGGGAGACCCUCCCAAAGAUCCCCUAUGUGAAAGCCAUCGAUGUCUACCUCAUGGGCUGCUUCGUCUUUGUUUUCCUGGCCCUGCUCGAAUAUGCCUUUGUAAACUAUGUGUUCUUUGGACGGGGACCCCAGCAGCAGAAAAAGAUCAACGAAAGGCUAAACAAAGCCAACAACGAGCGUCCCCGCUAUGAGGAGAAGCGUCUGAGGGAACAGGACUCCAUUUCAGCGCCGUUUCAAAGCAACACCCUCAGGUCAUAUACACAGAGAAGAAAUCUGUAUCUCGAGGAACAAAGAAAAGUCGGGGUGGAUGCUUACGGAAACAUUCUUCUCACCACUUUGGAGAUGAACAACGAGGUGAUGCCGUCCGACGUUGGCAGCAGCGUCAGUGACUCACGGAACUCCGUCAUGUCCUUUGACAGCUCCGGAGUGCAGUUCCGCAAGCCCAUGGCUUCACGGGAUGGGUUCAGCCACCACUCGUUGGACCGCAGCACCAUGCGCAGUCGUGCUAACUGCCGGCUAAGAAGGCGCUCAUCCAAGCUGAAGCUCAAAAUCCCUAACUUGGCGGAUGUUAGCACCAUUGACAAGUGGUCCCGGGUCAUUUUUCCUAUCACUUUUGGAUUCUUCAACCUUAUCUACUGGCUGUAUUAUGUGAAUUGAUAUGCGUUCCCCUAGGAAACAUGGGCCAUAUUUUGAGAGCACAUUGAAUUGGCUUUGAUACAAUUGGAAAAUAUGUGUACACAUAUAUGAAAAGUUGAUACAUAUGUAUAUGCAUAUUUCUAUAUAUUAUAUUUCUAUAUACACAUGCGUGUGUAAAAUCUAAAGGACUUUGCUGGUGUAAAAAAGAAAAAAGAAACGUAUUAUACAGAAUGACUUGAAUGUUUAAGAAUAAUACAAAAGAAACAUUUCAAGUAUUUGAAUUCAUUUCCUUCUGAAACAAACAAUGACUAACAUACAUUAGUUCCUUGUUCGAGGGUAUGGAACUAAAGACUGCAUGAUAUUUUUGCUAAAAGAAAAGACUGCAAGAGAAAAAGAACAUCUCAUCUGCUUUUUAUUGAUAUUGUAAGCAACCUCUCCCAACCGCAGCUCAUGAAAUCAGAAGUGGCUAGUGCAUUUCGGGGCAUCAAUAGAGCAGGCCCAAGGACCCGAUCCACUGCUUUCCCCAUGCCCACAGAAAAGACUGACGGAAAUGUCCAUUUCUACACUGUACAGCAACCUCUUUUGGAAUUAUGUGUCAUUCCUUGAUUUUGCAAGUGACAAGCGUUCUCUUUAUCGGACCUCUCAGCUCUGGUCAAUGGUUUACACUGGACGGCCAUCUUGAGUUUUAACCAAUGCAUCCUGCUCAGAGUCAGUAUGUUUCAUUUUCUGUCUUCUCUUUUUUGCAGAUUCUCCUUCCUUUCAUUAUUGGGCUAAGGGUAUACUCAUAUUUUUGGAGGGCAUCACCUAAACAUGUUCUAGAGGUAGUUCAUUAAUAGAUAUUAAGCCACUGGUAUGCAUCAUUCAUUGGGAAUUUAAGAAAAUGAAGAAAAAAAAGAGUACAUUCAUUCAUUCAUUCAGUAGCCUUAUUGACAUGGUCAGGUAGUAUUGUUGUUCUUUCUUUACUCUUGUUCCUAGUGCAAUUCAUCUGUUCCAUUGAUACAGUAUUCAUGAACAUCUUAUAGAGCUUUGUGUUGUUUGGAAUGGAGGAAAACCCUUAGUAAGCUGUAACGUUUCUUUAGAACUUGGAUUUGAAGUUAGUCCAACUACGUGAAAAUGUACAAAGUAAGGAGAGAAAAUAUUACUGUGUAUUCAACAGGGGAUGAGACCAUGUUUUUAUCUGUUUCAUGUUUAAGUCAACCACUCGAACCAUAGUGUGACCUGAUAUUGUAUAUAUUCAGUCAUUGUAGUGAUCCAUCCUGAGAAUGAUAUACGCUGAUGUUUUUAGUUUCUCUAAAAUGUGCCUGUCUGAAACCUGAAGGAUGUGUCCUCAGUUCAUCAUUCAGUGAAAGAGGGCCGAAUGACCCUUGAUCUUUGACCUUUCACUUUAAGCACUGCAGACCCACCCACAGCUCUGACGUUUUGCAUCUUGGGAUUGAAUCUCAAAGAUGAAUGACAUCAGCAUAAUCAGGAAAAAAAAAAAAAAAGCUUCUGAGUCUUUUCGGGGCAAAAUGACAUGUACGAUAAAAGCCAUGAACUGAAGUGACAACCAAAAAGGCCUAUAAUCCAUUUCUCUUUAUAACAUUUAGAUUAGAAAUCUUUAUUGUCCACACAUGUGGAAAUUCAUUUACCUCUGACUCACCCACCACCAUUUAUUUUGGGCUUUGCCUCAUUAUGAUUUACCUCAGCUUCAUUGACAUUGAGGUGGCCAGAUCUUUGUCUAUCUUCAGGUGACCACAAACUCCCACCUAAAUCCAUAUAUCAAUUCAUCAACCAUCCAUAUUCAUUCAAAGCUCAUUUCUGGUAGUGUCUAGAUGUCUCAAUACUCAGAGCAGUUCGGUUGAGUUAAAGCAUCCCAACAAAUGCUUUUCACACCAAUGUUGAAACAGUUCUUGAAGAUGUGGAUGAGAACUGAAUUGCUAAAUAACUGGGCAAGGUGACAUUUAAAAGCGAGGAGGGUCCGGUGGUGGUUUGAGAACACGAGAUCCCAGGAUUUGUUUGAGUUCCCUGAGGAGGAUAUCCUGAGCAGGCCUCAGACCUCAGAGCUCAGCACAGUCCCUUGGCUCUCGACCCCCACACCAGACCUCCCAACACUUGGGAAAGUGUGGACCAGCCACCAAAUCGCCAACAGAUCACUCAUUCCAUGAAGAAACAAAGGAGUCAGGGAAAUCUGAAAGUAUAGAAGGAUGUACCUCAAGGUACUUGCAAGGUCCUACGUUACUUGUCAGCAGAUGACCAUAGAAGCACGUUCAAAGGAUUUCCACUUAUCGUGUUAUUAUAUGUGUUAUUGUGAGCACGACCAUAACACCUGUGCAAGAGAGCCAGUACUCUCAAGUGCAAAGCAAGACAUGCACAGUUGCAUGCACAGUGUAGCAAUUAAGUUAAGCGCAAAUCUGCACUAAAAGAGGAUGGAGGUCAGAGUGCUUUUCUUGAGAAACCCUAGCUAUUAUGAGUGUUAUGGGGGUGCCUUGGUCAGUUGAGACUCCCAGUAGGCAUUCAAGAUGCUGCAAUGCUGCAAUGCUUUGCCAAUGAAGGUUCAAAGGCAGAGUUGUUAGGUAUACACAUUUAAUCUAUAGUGUUUAGAUGUGGAUUUACAAUGUAGAUCAGACCUUUUAAGCUACAAUAUCAACCCACCUCUAUUAGUGCAGUGUUGUAGACAAGUGUAGUGAUAAGUUGAAAAUGCCAACUGCACCAUUAGCCAACUUUUUUCUUAAUGUAUUUAAGGGAACCGGACCAGUUAGAAGGAUUUUUUUUUUUUUUUUUUUUUUUUUUUAGACUGGAAAAUAAGUUUGCUUUGCCUUUGUCAAAUGAGAAAAGGUGGGAAAGUGGCAUGAUUCUAGGUGGCAUAUACUUUUAGGUUUAUUAUUAUUUGCGUGCCAGCCGCUAUUAACUAAGAAGACUGCACAAUUAAAAGGAUGUUGAUAUAUUUUUGUAUCAGAUAUUAUUGAUCUGAUUUAUCAGUCAGUGUCCAUAAGUGCUCUAAUUGUUUCCUUAGAGUCACUAAUAAAAGAGAGAGAGAGGGAAAAAAAUGCAUACAGCAUCAUAACCUGUGGUUCGGUAUAUUAUCCAUGAGAAUAAUUAGAAAUUCUUAGUAGUAGUUUGUACAAGAGUUUUCGUAACUACAUACAUAUAUAAGUUAGCACCCAUUUACUACAUAGCUUCAUUACCUUCUAGUAGACUUGUUGGCACUAUGCAGUCUUUCUUGCUAAUGAUCAGUUUAACGUUCCACGGGGUAACCUGAAUCAUUAUUGGUCCAUGCGUCCUGACCAAUCACCAUAGGCAAGGGUUGAAAUUUUCGAUAGAGUAGGGAUUAGUGAAAUGCUAAUACAGCCAUACUGUGCCACUGAGACAUGUUGGAUGUUGAAUUUGUUCAAACUGAUAUUGUGUUCAACAUGUUCUUGUAGCACCAGCACUCUGUUUAUUCACAGUGAGCUUACACCUAGAACAGAUUUUUGGUAAGAUUCUGGUUUGUGGGCAUUUGUCCCUGCAAGAUUUGCCUUAACGAGAUCAUUAAGCAUUUUUUCAUGAAAUAUUUCUGAGCAAUACAAUGCAAAUACAACAAAGUUCAUGGGAGAGGGAUUCUCUUUCAACUCAAUUCAAGCCUUAAUCAUGGUUAUAGAGCAUUAUAAUUUGAUCAUUGGACAUUUAGGGUACAAUUAAGUUAGCAGUUAUAGAAUCUAGAAAACACAGUGAGAAAUUAGUUCCCUCAAAUGUCUCACCCAGGUACUCUGGCUAUGUUUCCACUGCUUAACUUCAGAACCUCAGAAUGUAGAACUAAAUAUUUACAGGUUUAGGAUUCUGAUGUCUCACUUUUUUGCACCUAUCUUACAAUUUUUUUUUCCCUGUUAAUUACACCUUUAUAUUUCACAUUAUUCACAGUUUCUUGUAAUUGUGAUUUGUAUCUCACAAUUUCUAUAAUUGUAUCUUCUUUAGACCUAUAUCUCAAAAUUAUUAUAUUAUUUCUUGUAACUGGAAAAUCUUCUGAUUGCAACUUUAUUUCUUGUAAUUGCAUCUUUACAUCACACCGAAAAAGUUAUUUUAGCAUUUUAUCCCAGUUAUUUGGUUCUGAGUUUUGUGAGUGGAAACAUGGAUAUUGUAGAGUAAUUCACAUCAGAAAUUAUAAUAUGAAUAAUCUAUUAAAAUAUAUAUAUUACACGUAGCCCAAAUGCAAAUAUCUUCAUAGUUGGCCUGCUUGACCAGUUUGCUAAGUCUGCAACCUACUGCAGUACAAAAACAUUGAUAUCAAAUAUCUUAUAUCUACAAUGGCACAAGUUGCUGUUUUAUAAAUAGCUAUCAGGUUAAUCAUACAGUGUGUUUCACUAUCUAAAGGGAGUUGGUGAAUGCAACAAACCAUACUAGCAUUUCAACUUUUUUAUUUGAAAGUUUAUAGUUUCACCAUAGUGCUAGGAUAGAUAAAUUAUCAUUAAAACCAAUUUGCCAGUUUACAAGGGUCAUUUGGCCAAAAUACUCAGAUAAAUGUAGCAGCGCUGAGUUGAGUGGGUGAUGGUAGUCAACUUAAAUUUGUUUCUUGUUAAUAAAAUCAUUUAAGUUUUGUAAUCUUAAUUUCUAAAUCACAAAGACUAGAUUAUUACUAAAUCAGCAUGAUUUUAUCUUUUGUUGUGUAUUUGAUUUUUUUAUGAAAUUACUUGAUCUUGAAGGUUGGUGGCUCUGUUAUCAGUCUAUUCUAGAAUGUUUCAGAUGUGUGGGCUUUAAAUUGUGAUAGAAAUUGCUGCUAAUUAUCACUUUUAGCUAGUGAUGAGCAAGACAGCGUUCAGUCUUGACCAUUUUAUUAUACAUGUGUCAUUUCUAGUAUUUGGCCAUUCUUCGCCACCUUAAAAACUGUGUUUGAAAAGAAAUGGGCCCUUUGUGUCUAUAUUUGUAACAACUAAUCUUGCACACUCUCUGAAGAAUAGUGGCUCAGCCAUAGAUACACUGUUGUAACACACAAAAAUGGCAGGCUCCGUCUAUUGAGAUGGAUGUUAUUCAAGAAAUAACGGGACAAGAAUAUCAUUUGGAAUAGCAUUGUGUCAAGGUAGCAUACUCUUGAGCACUGAUGGGAUUGUUGGCCUUUUUUGGAAAAUGUGACUCAUCGUAAUUAUUAAAGUAUGAAUACUUUUGUGUAAUUUGCUAUCUGGUUAGGGGAUAGGAGACACAUUUUCCUUUUGCCUUGCACUUUGCUUUAGUUUUAGACAAAUAUAUUGUUUGUUAGUUUUUUGUCCAUUUUUUAAACAAGCUUUGCACAAAUUAUGGGGGGAGCGUAUGGCAGAAUUCAAUGAGGCUAAUGUGUUCUGAUUACAGUGAAGGACAUAAUAAUCUACGCACUUCACACAAAUCACCCCAUAUGUUCACUUCCACAUUUUCAUACAAUGAACAUAACUCAACAAAUCAUCAAAUAGUUUUUCCUUGAGUACAUCGUUUUUGUCUUUUGCUACAUUUAACCAUGACGCAGGAGAAAAGGAAGUACAAAAACUGUUGAACUGAUUUUAAUGUGAAUUUUCUUGCCUCUUGUGUAUAUGUGUAAUUACAUGUGAAUUGUAUUGUAAAUAUGAUAUCUUUCACUUAUAUUUCUUAAUGCAUGAACAAAACAGGGCAGUUGGUAAUAACAGCUAGCCUCAAUGCUACUGGCAUGGACAGCUUUUACAGCACUGGCAUAACUUCUGAAAACGAUACCUAUCUCUGAAAAAAAAAAGAAAAGGAGAAAAACUCACAAAAACGAUACCGGUUUUGUUUUGCAUGUCUCUUUUCAGAAAGGUUUAUUUUCAUAAUUUAAUUUCUAUUCUAAAACUGGCCAUUCAUAUCACCCACACAUACAAAAAAAAAGAAAGAUUUUUGCUUCUUCUAGUGCACAGAGAUUGAACCAAACACUGUAAAUCUUAAAUUAAAAAUAGAAACCAAAAAGAAAAAUACUAACUAUAUCAGAAGAGGAGAGUUAUGGAGAAAAUUAUUCACGGAAUCAUCAUUUAAAAAAAGAAAAAAAAUAUGCGAAGAUAUGCUCAUUUUCAUCAUCUCUUGCUUUUUUUGUGUAUCACAUACAGCUGAGAGUAGAUAGACACACCUUUUAAGCCAUUAGCUCAAAGUAGACUACACCUGCUUACAUUUCAUUGAACAAAACAGCAAGUUAACGUUUCAUGCCAUGAGAAUGCAUGACUGGCAGAGCAAAUUCUCAAAGUUUGUUGAAAUGUAUGAGCCAGUGACUUUGCUGUGCUGAAUAUUUUUUUCUUCUUUGCGCCAGGAUAGCGUUACUGAUAUAGCAGAUUAUAACACAUAAACACAGCACCCACAAGCGAAGUACUAACCUGAAGAGAAAAUCCUAUAAAAAAUUUGCGGAAAUCUAGGGCAAUCACUUCAUACCUAAUUUGAGAAUUCGAUUGCUAUUCAGUACUGUUUCGUUUCAUUUCUAUUUGCCUGUAUUUGUUGUAUUCUUUAAAUGAAUUGUUAAUUCUUAUUGUUGAUGUUUUCUCAUAGCAAGGAAAUAUAGUUCUACUUUACAUCCUGCCCUGAAAGUAAAAUGCAUUCUGUUUUUGUGUUGUACUGGUUUUGUUCUCAUUAAGCUCUUGGUUUGAUUCUGUUGAACUAUUGAGGUGUGAUGAUUUUUGAUGAUCCAUUUGGGGGUAUGAUUUGUCUUCAUGAAAUCAACAUUUGUAAAGUAUAAGGUUGUAUUCUCUUCUUUUUCUUUACUUUGUCUUUCUUUCUUUUUUUUCUUUAUUUCUUUUGUUUUUGUCAGUGCCAAUUAAUGUAAUGGUGUCGGUCAGCUUUUCUAGGUGUUUGAGCAAAAUGUGUUUUUUACUAAUACAAGAUGUUACAGUAUGUGGUACAAAAAAAAGGGUUAUAAGUAACCAACUGACUUUUUACAAAUAAAGGCUUAUACAGUAAAGAACAACAAUGCAGAAUUCUUUUCAUUUGCCAUUUGUGGACUAAUGUUUGAAUUUUUUUUUUUUUUUUUUUUUUGCUGGCUAUUGGUUUUAACUCAUUAGUCCCCAAAUGGUAAAUCAUGUAUGUUUUCAGAACAUGAUGUAAGGAGACACAUUUAAAGUGCUGCAGGUCUUCAUAAUGUCAUUUUCUUUUCUUUCUGUUUUUAAAAGGGCUGCAGACAUAUUUAGGGCAAACUGAGAUUGCAAUCAGACGCAAGUGAAGACCAUUACAAUGUCUUGUAUACUCAGUUUGAAUUUGAUUAUAAUAAUGACACAAUAUUAAAGAUACACCUCCCGCCCAACCUUUGGUCCUGAAUAAAGUACCAUCAGAAUCCCUGUUGGAAGAGUGUAAUCUUUGCCCCAUAACAACAUUAGUUUUGAUGCUUAUAUUUGGCAAGAUUCUGCAAGAGAAUCAGAAGAAGAGACAUGUAUAUUAGGGCUCUCAUAUGCCGUAAGAAGAGUAGUCUAACUUGCCUUGAUGAGAAACUGAAACAGUUGCAUCACUUUGUAGAAACUUUUUAAGAGACAAAACUGAAUGAAAAAGUCUAAACACAGGAGGUACCCAGCUGCAAUGAAGUGAACAGAAAAGACAGUCUUCUUUUGUUUCAUAGUCUAUUAAAUUUGUUAAAUUGAACAUUUUUUUUUUUUUUUUUUUUUUUUAUAAUUCCUCUUUGCUAUUUUGCCAUGUUGUGGAUAACUGGAACUUUCCAUAAAUAUGAUACAUAUUGGUGUCUUGUUACAUAUUUCACCAUUAGAUGCACCAAUUCCAUGUUUUGUGAUGUGAGAACCAUUAGAUUUAGGUUUGAAAAAUGAUCUAACCAAAUUCAUGGAAGUAAUGAUUUUUUUGACUGCAAGCAACAAUUAAAUUCAUACAAAAAUUUCAUAAAUUUGACAAUCAAAUUU